AUGGGGUGGGGCGAGGAGGACAGGGCGGCUUGGCCUGUGGUUGAAGCAGGCAGGCGAGCAGCAGACGCUGCUGCUAUGGCAGAGAAGCCGGGAGCACUGGAAGCAGAGAAGAGUGCUGCUGAUCCGUUUCCCCCAGGCGCACACAGAGCAGGGGGGGUUCUAGGCCGCAAGGGAGUGAAAGCCGUGGCCGCAUCAGGGCACACGCUAGCAGUGACAGUAGACGGCACGCUCUACUCCUUCGGCCGGAACUGGGACAGCAGGAGGCGGAAAGCAGGGCAGCUGGGGCGAAAGGGGCCGUUUGGGAGGCCUGGGAGGGUGGGGGGAGUGGCGGGGAGAGUGCGGGCGGUCGCUGCUGGGAAGUUUCAUUCUGUGGCUGUGACUGAAGAGGGGGUGGUGUACACGUGGGGGUGUAAUGGGAGGGGGCAGCUGGGGAGGCAGACGAGAAGCAUGGGUGACAGACACGAGGCGGCACCAGUGAGGGGGGCGUUGGAAAACGUGGUGGUGGUGGCGGCAGCAGCAGGCCCACACUACUCCCUCGCCCUCUCUGCCGGGGGUCAAGUCUUCACCUGGGGCCUCAACCUCUUCUCGCUCCCUGCUCCCUGGACCCACCACCAUGACCUUUGCCAUACACUUACUCCUGCUUCUUCUGCUGCUGUUUCUGCUGCUGCUGCUUCUUCCCCUGUUCCCUUCUCAGGGCGACAGGCACGAGGCAGCGCCAGUGAGGGGGGCGUUGGAAAAUGUGGUGGUGGUGGCAGCAGCAGCAGGCCCGCACUACUCCCUCGCCCUCUCUGCCGGGGGGCAAACAGAGCGAUAGGUGGGAAGGCUGUUGGAGAGGGAGAGAGAGUGGUGAAGGUAGCAGCAGGGGAGGAGCACUGGCUGGCGCUCACAGAUAAAGGCCACGUGUAUGCGUGCAGAGCGAUAGGUGGGAAGGCUGUUGGAGAGGGAGAGAGAGUGGUGAAGGUAGCAGCAGGGGGGGAGCACUGGCUGGCGCUCACAGUGAAGGCCACGUGUAUGCGUGCAGACAAAGCGAUAGGUGGGAAGGCUGUUGGAGAGGGAGAGAGAGUGGUGAAGGUAGCAGCAGGGGAGGAGCACUGGCUUGCCCUCACAGAUAAAGGCCACGUGUACGAAUGCAGCACCGGUUUCAAUGCAAGUGGCAUUCGAGUUAAUCCGGCCAUCCACGCACCUCUUCUAGCCCACUCCUCCCACACUCGCUUCUCCCUCCCCCACCGCAUCACCUCCGGUCCCUUGUCUUCCGAGCGUGCAUCAACCAUCGGAGCAGCAGCAGGCGCAUCUUUUGCUGUCAUGGCAUCCUCCCAGCAGCUUCUAUCGUGGGGGUAUGGUGGGGGGAAAGGAGGGCUAGCAGCAGCAGGAGGAGCAGCAGCAGGACACUCAGGUUCGGUGUUGCUGGGGCGAACAGGGGGAGCGGCGGAAGAGCCGAGUGAGGUGGUGGGAGAGGAGGAGGGGAGUGAGGGGGGAGUGCGGAUGGGUGGGGUGGUGCAGGUGGUGGGUGGUGCAUCAUUUGUGCUUGCGAGAACCGCGACUGGACAGGUCUUCUCGUGGGGUUACAACAAUUAUCAUCAGCUCGGCCGCCCGACACAGCACUCCGCCGACCCGCUUCCCGGCCUCGUGGGCGGCCUGGCUUGUCUGCACGUGGACACUGUAGCAGCAGGGUCGCACCACGGGCUUGUUUUCGGGCGGGCGGAGCGCGGCAAGGAGUUGGAAGUGGUUGAGAUGGAACAGGUGGUCAAGGAAGAGUGGGAGCGGGUGCAUUCGAAUGGUGGGGAGGACGAGGCAGGAGGAGGAGGAGCAGGAGAAAGAGGAAAGACAGGAUUAGCAGGAGGGGGAGGAGGACAAGGAGGUUGGGGAGGGAGAGGAGGGAGAGGGGGAGGAGGAAAAGACGGAGGGGGGUCGGUGUUUCCGGUGAUAUACAACGAGCACCACAGGGGCGAGAUCAUGCAGGUGGCAGGGGAGUGGUAUUCUCAGCUGCCCCCAUCGGGGUUUGACCCAUCAUUCCGCAACCCCUGCUGGAAGGAUGGCUCCGGGUUUCACUGCCUGCCUUACUUCCUGGUGAUCGGUGCUAUGAGGAGUGGAGCUCGGGACUUCUUUCAACGGUUGACCAUGGCCCAUCCAACUGCUCUGCAGCCUGCCUCUAUGCUCAACCUCGAAUGGUGGGACAUGAGGGAGUAUGAUCCCUUCGAUUGGUACACUGAGAAAUUCCAAGAAGCAGCAGCGCACAUAGCCACCCACCCAGCCGCCAUGGCAGGGGAGGUGACCCCCUCGCUGCUCACCCACUCGGGCAUCUUGGCCCGCGGCCCUCACGCGCGCAGCUUCCUGCUUCCAGAGCUGGUCUUCUCGCUGCUCCCGCAUGCGCGCUUUAUCGUCCUCCUGCGCAACCCCAUCCACCGCUGGUUUUCUUCCUUCCUGUCUGCGAAGCAACAUGACGACUCUCACAUCGCUUUCGACAGCAACGACAACAGCAGCAGUGCAGCUGACGCUUUUGCGCGACACGUAGAUGCGGUGUUACCCGCCAUUAAAGGGUGUAUGGUGGACCAUUCCCCUGUCUACUGCUCCCGCCUGCUCUUCCACUCCUUCCCCCAUGUGUGCCGCAGCAUGUAUGCCUACUUCCUAUCG